AUUGGACAGGGGCGGAGCGGUCACACUGCGUAAUUGUCGAAUUCCAAUUCAUGUUUUUUAUUUGCCAAAUAAAUUGAGAUAAUAAUCAGAGAAAAUGUGCGACUACAAGAUUUCGGAGCGGGCCUACACUAAGUUGAUUUUCCACGCUGCCAAAUAUCCGCACCAGGCGGUGAACGGACUGUUGCUGGCCGAGAAGACCUCGAAGGGUUCCCAAGUGGAAAUUGUCGAUGCGAUCCCGCUCUUCCAUCAGUGUCUGCAUGUCACCCCCAUGGCAGAAGUGGCCCUCAUGCAGAUUGAUGCCUACGCAGAGCGCGAAGGACUGGUGAUUGGCGGCUAUUACGCGGCGCCAGAGAAUUUCUACGACAACCAGAUCGACAAAACCCCAGCUGCCAAGAUUGCCGAAAAGAUCCAAGAGAACUACAAGAAUGCCUGCUUUGCAGUGGUGGACAACAAGUUGGUAACACUGCAGCACGAUCGUGCCGCCAUCCAGGUUUACAGCUGCGCCGGUGACUCCGGAUCCCGGUGGUCAAAGGCCAAGUUCACGCUUUCACAGGCCACUCAAACACUGGAGGGUGUAUCACUACUCCUUAAACGCGGAGCUAUGCGCGAUUUGGUGGACUUCGAUAACCAUCUGGACAACCCAGAGAACGACUGGACCAAUGACUUCCUGAACCAGUCGCUCAACGAUCUGCAGAAACUUUACUAGUCGCCUGUUUUACCAACUUGUGUUUGUUUUAGUCUAGCAAAUUUGCAUUCGAGGGAUCACGCCGGAAUUUCAACCUUGCAAUUUAAUUUAUUGUAAUUACAUUUGGAUUUCAGUAAUCUUUAGAAUAAUGCAUAUAAGUUAAAUAACAUUCAACUAAUUAAUAAAUAAUCAAUUCUUUCAUCA